AUGGCAGAAAAUGUCAAAUUAGCAUUUCUUGGUUUGCGUUUUAUUCGAGAAAUGGGCAAAUUUUGGAAAGAAGCGUCGUUAGAAACUGCCUCAAUGAGGGAUGAACGUUCAGUUCAAAUUGUUUCUGCUCCACAUUUUGGAUUGCCAGCUUGGACAGCUGCUCCUGCAACCUUUGGAAUGAACUUUACAAAUGGGGAAAAGGUUAUCGCCGAGAUUGUUUUAGUUGAUCCAUUCAAAGCUUGUAAUAGUUCUCAAUUGUUCAAUGCUAAUGAAUUGCGUGGAAAGAUUGCAGUUAUUCUUAGGGGUGAUUGUAUGUUUGAAGAUAAAGCAUUGCUUGUACAAAGAGAGGGAGCUGUUGGAUUAAUUAUUAUUGAUAAUCAACAAGGUUCUAGUUUUGAACAUAUGCCUUAUUUUGCAAUGAGUGGAUCUACUAAUUUAGAUUCUGAUGGACAAAAGAAAAAUAAUAUGAGGGUUGAAAUCCCGGUUGUUUUCCUUUUUUAUAUCGAAGGCCAACAGUUUUUGGAUUUAAUAUUUGAUGAUCCCAAAAUGAUUGUUUCAAUUGGAGAGAAUAAAUUUAAUCCGGUUUAUUGUUUUGAACAAUUUCUUCGGCAAAAUUUUAUUUUUCGCAGAGAACAAUUUGCUAUUUCGAAUCAAUUCUUGUCAAUUAAUGCUGAACAAACAAUUCUUUAUAUUAAUUUUUAUUUUGAUGGAGUAAAUGAAUCUAGUCUAGUCGAAGAAAAACAAGCUGUUGUUGAACGUAAUAUUGAAUGGAUUGAUUCAACAGUUCAAUUCCCAGACAUAAAAUUUCGACAAAAUUUUCAAGCACAUUUAAGAGCACUUGCAUAUUCGUUACUUGAUUAUCCAUUAAAUAUGGAAAUUAAAGAUUAUCUUCAAUUGAGACAAUUAAUUCGGCAUUUAAAAUUGGGAAGGCCAAAAAAUGUUAAUGAAAAAGGAAUAUUAAUUCCACCAUUAAUUUUUGGAAGAAUUCAAAAACGUGUUAUUAUUUGUAAAUUAUAUGAACCGCAAACCAAUUUUAAAUGCUCAGAAUUAUUGCAAUACGGGUCAAAGAAUGUUAAAUCGCAAUGA